AUGCAGACGAAUCAACCUUUCCAAACUUUACUGCUUAAUCUUCCAGAGUAUUAUGAUUCUCCAACGCUAUCCGAUGGCAUCAUAACAUGUGCUGGAAAAGAAUUUCGAAUCCAUAAGAUCGUGCUAUCUGCCCAGUCAAGAUUCUUCUCCAACGCUUUCGAGGGGAAGUGGAAGGAGUCAGUGGAGGGAGCUAUCCCUCUAAACGACGACGAUGUCUCCGCUGUUGAAGCAAUGCUUCGAUUCUUGUACACAUUUGACUAUGAUGCUGGCGGGAACGCGGCUGAUGUUGCUUCGCCGAUGGUAUUCAAUGUCAAAGUGUACAGCGUAGCCGACAAGUAUGAUAUUCCAGCAUUGAAGUCAGUCGCUAGCCAAAAGUUCAAGGAAUCGGUCAAAACCUGCUGGAACAUGGACGACUUCCCACACGCUGUUGCGGAAGUAUAUAGCUCUACCCCACCAAACGACCAAGAGAUCCGAAGGCUGGUAGUCGAUGUCGCGUGCGAACACAUUACAGAGCUCUUGCAGAAGCAGGGGUUUUGCGAUAUAUUGGGAGAAACUGUUGGAUUCGCUUCUGAUUUAGUUCAGCUUCAGGCGAGCGAAAAGAAACCGAAUGAAAAGCAGGACCGAACUAAGUACAGGUGUCCGAAUUGCUUGAAAUAUUGGGAGGCUGUUGCGUCUUCUGGAUCUUCAUACUAUUGCCCUUAUUGCGCGAAUCAUUACUCGAACUGGAGUGCGUACAUUGUACGAUAA